AACCCGUUGAAUAAAGUGGACUCCCAUUUGCGUGUGGGAGGAAUUCCUAUCAAUCCCCAUUUGGCAUAUAUAUCUUUUUUUCACUGAACGCCUCACAACACCGACUCUGACUGACUUUCAAGCGCAUCCGUUUAGAAGUUCACAAGCUCCACAAACUCUGUUGCAGCCAGAUCACUGACAGAAGUAGCACAAGUCAGAGGGCCAAGGGACGCAGAGGAGUGGUUGAAACCACGCUUUCCCCCGGGAUCUCCUACCACCAUGGCAGAGAGCACUAUGGAUGCCGACCCCGCCAAGGUGGACCAACAGAGGCCUGAGGCUGAACCCGGGAUGUCGUCUGAGGCUGUGGUGCAAAUGGUCAAAGCCAGACCUGCAGAGCUGAAACUGACCCGCACCCUGUCCAAGUCGGACUCUGACUUGCUGGCGUCUCCGUUGGGUGAGGAGGAAGGGGCUGUGGCUGGAUGCAGUGAGUCUGUGACCAACGGCAGAUCCCGGUCGCAAACCAUGGAGCGCUCACCCUCCUUCGCAUCUGAGUGGGCUGAGAUUGAGAAAAUCAUGAACCUGAUCGGAGCAGGCAUUGACACAACACAUCGCCAACGGACCACACCCAGCACAGAUGGGGCCUGUGGUAAAGCCCUGGACCAGCCGGUGGGAGAGUGGCUGGAGCAAGUGGGGCUGCCGCAGUACGAAAGCAAGUUCCUGCUCAACGGCUUCGACGACCUGCGAUUCAUGGGAAGUAACGUGAUGGAGGACCAAGAUCUCAGAGACAUGGGGAUCACUGACCCUGGACACAGAAAGAAGAUCCUUCAUGCAGCACGCGGCUUGCCCAAGGUGAAAGCGUUGGGCUGUGAUGGCAGCACCUCUCUCGCUUCCUGGCUAGACGGACUGGGCCUUCACGAGUACCUGCCCAACUUCCUGUCAAGUGGCUACCGCACGCUGGACUGUGUCAAGAACCUGUGGGAGCUGGAAAUUGUCAAUGUAAUUAAGAUUGGUCCCUUGGGUCACAGGAAGAGAAUCAUUGCCUCUCUAGCGGAGCGGCCCUAUGAAGAGGCGCCGACCAAGUCCCACCGUCUCUCCCAAAUCAUGUUCCAUGAUCUCCUGUCCCAGUCCACAUCUCCCCUCAGUCAGAUGGACCCGUACACCAGCCGUUCGAUGGACAUGCUCCUCCCUCUAAGUGAGUCGGGGCGGAGGCGGAGAGGAGGGGACCAGGACUGUAGUGUAUCCCUACGCUCGUACAGCGAGAGGCCACGCUCUGUGGAUAGACAAAGUGAACGGAAUAAAGAGUCUCGUUUGAACCUGCGGCCACCGAGCCAUUCUGCUACCUAUGCCACGGUGUCCGCCUGGCACCACCAGCCAGAGAAACUAAUCCUAGACGCCUGCGGGUACGAGGCCACCUACCUAGGAUCGAUGAUAAUCAGGGAUUUGCGAGGAAUUGAGUCCACUCAAGACGCCUGCGCUAAAAUUAGGAAAUCAAAGGAUUCCAGAAAGGGUCCUCUUAUUAUACUAUCCAUCACCUACAGAGGAGUCAAGUUCAUCGAUGCAGCAACGAAGACCAUCGUUGCAGAGCAUGAGAUCAGGAACAUUUCAUGCGCGGCACAAGACCCAGAUGACCUCUGCACCUUUGCUUACAUUACCAAGGAUCUGAAGAGCGGCCACCACUUCUGUCACGUUUUCAGCACUGUGGAAGUGACCCAGACCUAUGAGAUCAUCCUUACACUGGGACAGGCGUUUGAAGUGGCCUAUCAGCUGGCGAUCCAGUCCAGGGCAAGACACUAUGUCCCGCCUUCCUCUUUGAGUUCAGAGGUCAUAGAGACCAAAACCAGCCGUCCUGUGUCUCAGUCGUGGAGCAGCAUGCGGAGAACAACAAUUGACCCCCUGGAGAUGGACGCAGACAUGCAGUCCCUGGGCAGCACCACCUGGCUCUUGGACCAGCGGGAUUCCAACAGGCGCCCUGUCAGCACCAAGUAUGAGACCACCAUAUUCUGAGGCCGGAUUACCAAACGCCUCCCCCCCCCACCUCCCCAGUCUGCUGCAACCCCCUACUUUACCCCAGCCUCUGACAUGCCCCUUAGUACCACCAACCUCUUGCCCUAGGUCUCCCAGUUUUUUCCUCGCCAUUUUCUCUCUCUGUCUCACACACACGUACAUAUACACACCCACACACACUAACACAUGCACACACACACUAACACGUGCACACACACACACACACACACAAUACACACAAGCCCCGUGCCUUCUCACUGUGAUGGUAUAGCGUCUGUUAGGGCUGCGGUUUCCUGCACCUUCCUCUACCCUCCUCCCCGCAGUGACCUACGCCGACCUUUUGACCCACCAUGAAGACGUUCCUACAGCUCCCUGUGCCUCCCUCUCACACCCUUGGCAGCCUCCCCCCCAACCCCUCCCCUGUUGCUGCAGCCAAUGGCGGAGCCAGGACGGAACGGGUGAUCCUGGACUGAAGUUACUUUGCAAUGGCCAUGCUCUCUCAACCAAACUGCCUCCUCCUACUGACAACUUGCAUCUGCAUCCGAUCCCCCCCGAUAUGUCCUUGAGGUUGCACUUUUCUUCUUCUUUGGUUGUUUUUUUUUUUUAAUUCCCCAAAGGCAUAGCAAGCAUGUUUAUUUUUAUUUUGUAAUUUGGCUCCCAAAUUGACUUUAGAUUGAUUUAACUGAGCAGUCUUGGUUGACAAUGUAAACUAUACGUUUAUAAUAAUCGUUCAUGUUAUAUCGAAUAGGCUAUUCAGUCAAGCCACUGACAGCACCCCUUUUUGAUGUUACACAAAUUAGGGCAAUUAUCAAGUUUUAUGUCUCAUAAAUGUUACGUAAGAUGCAUUAGUUUGCAGUCCUUAUGUAAAGGACUGGAACCUUUUUUUUCUUGUUUUUGUAUUUCAUGAAUUAUUUGAUAGUUUGAUUGUUUUGCCCUCAAGACAUUUAAUUUAUUUUCUUUCUCCGUUCUUUAGCUUGUCCUGUCUUACCAAGCAUCUACCGCUCUGAGGCACUAUGAGGAGGCUGCUUUGCUAGCAUGGGAUGCAAGAUGGACAGUUAAUGAGACAAAACAGCAACAUGCAGCAAACAAACUUUUUUCUACACAUUUGUACAAUAGUCAUAACAUGAUGGAUCGUUCACGAAUCUAUCACUGAUGUCUGAAGUCAAAAGGACCAAGAUCUGAGCCCAUGUGCCCCCCCCCCUUGUACACACACGGGAGGAAAACCUUACCUCCACGUUAUCGAGGACAAUAGCCUUACUUGUCUGGCAUUCAUUUCAGUUAUCUAUAUAAAUACUUCCUUCCCCGCCUUCACCAUAGUUAAUGCCCACCAACUGCACGGCUCCCUCUUUCUCCUUAAAAGACUGACAAUACUUUUGAAUUCCUGGUGUAUUCUUUGACUGUGACAAUAGGGAAAGAAAAAAAAACCCCAGCUAUGGCUGAGAUGAAUUGGAGGUGGGGUUUUCUUUAAUGACGGUACAGAUUUGUCCAGAUGAGGAUGCUCUGGCCUUUGUACUUGCCCCUGUGCCUCUCAGCAUCCACCGUAGCACUGAGAGACUGCAAAUCACAGCAUCCUGUCAGCUGCAGAACACUGUGUUUAAAACGUGGCACUAUCCCUUUUAAUAAUGUUUCUUUUUCUUAUGGUGCAAGUAGGACGUGGUAACUUAAUUCAAUUUGUGAUGCUUUUUUUUUUUUAAUACAGAGAGGGGCUUACUGAUUUACUGGGACGGAGCGAUUACGAGGGGAUAAUGAAGGAUCCCUACACAGAUACAACCACAGGCAAAUCAAAGACAGAGAGAGAGAGAGAGAGAGAGAGAAAGAGAGAGAGAGGUGGGGGAUAAAGUAAGAAGGGAGAGAGAGAGAGAGAGAGAGAUGAUCCGAUGUUACUGAGCACACCGAUAUUGGUCUCACGUUAGACACCAAACGUCCCCAAUACGAUUUCAAUUGCAUCUCGAGUGCCAAAUGAGCCUGAAGCGCACUUCCAAACAUACCAACUCAAUAUAUUGAUUACAUGGAUUUAUAUUUGAUUACAUGGUUUGUUUACCCUUGCGGUUUCGCAUCAAGUUCGCAUUUGGUGUCAGCGCAUGGAAAAAACAAAAAGAAAGAAAGUGUGUCACUGGAAAAUUAGUGAGAACAAUUAAUUCCACAGCAUUUGAGGAGCCAGAUCCAAUCCAAGUGGUGCUGCACAAUAUAUAUAUAUAUAUAUAUAUAUAUACACACACACACACAUAUAUAUAUAUAUCAACGCAAAACAGAUUUGCAAUGCUGAGAGCGUGACAUUUUCCUUCUCUUGUUUGUAUUUAUUUAUUUUUCUAAAUAACAUCUGCACUGUGACUCACUAUGCUCGUCUGGAGGCUAUACGCAUAUUUUGCGGGUUCCCCCCCUCUCUUUUUUUAUGUCUGCACUACCAGUUGUUCGUGUUGCACUGUAACACCUUGUCUAUCGGACUGUCUGACAAUCUGUCUGACUGACUGUUUGUUUGUCUGUCUGCCUGACUGACUCUGUUUGUCUGCCUGACUGACUGUCUAUUUGCUUGUCUGUCUGACUGAUUUUCUGCCUGUCUGUCCGUCUUUACGGAGGUCUGGACUGUUAUUAACUGUUACAUCACUGGCCGCUGCCUUUGUUGUCUGUGUGUUGUUCGGGAGUCGCGAUGCGUCUGAGCUACGUCCUCUCAGUGUGCAGCAGAAGUGGUGUUUGCGGGCCGACUGGUUAAGAGCUGUGUGUUUGUGUGUGUGUGGCAUGGUGGCCGCCUUUCAUUGCCACUUUGUUUUGACUGUUUAAAAGAUGUAGCUUCCAUCGUUGGUGCAUGUGGCAGUGUCCUCUGCUCUGUUUUAUAUUGUACCCUUGAUGCACUCGGCCUGUGCGGUCAUUUUGUUUUUGUGUGUGUGUGUGUGUGCCCCGUGGCAGCGCCUUGUCUCAUCUCACCCAUGUACUGUUUUGCUUCUUGAGUUUCCCACCCCCACCCCAUCCAUCAUCCAUCAUAAAACAGCAACUCAUCCUCCAGAUUCAUCAUCAUCGUCCCUCCAACAAUUUAGCAACAUCCGUCCUUCCAUUGUGCGUAUAUGUCACCAAGACACUUUCCACCUUGCUCUUGUAUGGAUGCAUAAUAUGAAAAAAAACAAAAAAAAAACAAAAACGUGUUACAUGUUUUAUGAGCAGCAGCUUUCUAAAGCGAACACAAGUUGUGGUGGCAUGAUAUGGCUGUGCAUGUACCAAUCUUUUAACAUCACUGUUUUCCUUGUGUAGCUCACUCCAGCGUUCAAGUUUCCGGAUACCAAGCUGUGAGUUGAAGGGGAGCAGCCGAUGUGGGUGUGUCUGUGUGUAAGGAAAAAAAAAGAAAAGAAAAGGUAAAAAGGACAGAUGAGCAGAAAUGGAUAGAGAUGGAGAGAAAAAAGAUGUAAGAAAUAA